AUGAUAAUCUCAACUUUUUUUAUCCAAUCAAACACUUCUGGCCCGCCGGCCAGCCCGCCAGUUUGGACCUUAGCUAUCGCCACCAAAAAUCUUGCGUAUAUGGCACAUCGGCCAUAUCGUAGGGAAAUCGAUAUCUUGCAAGGUUUAAUGCAGCGUAAAAAUAUUUCGAUUAGAACUUCAAGAAUCACGAAAGAUGAUCAAGGAUGA